UGUGGUCCUCAGUUUGGAGUGCGGGGGAUUAAAUUGUUCCGGGUGGGAGGUAAGGAGAUGUGGCGCUGCUGAGCGGGGUGAGCCUUUCAUCCUUAACGCGUGGGCUUGCGUCCCCUCUCCGUUUCCAGCUUCUUUGUCAGCUCUUCUUAUUACCCUUCCUCCUUUCUCACUGCCCCAGCUCUUGGAUUAUAUUUUUUGCUGCUGUCUUUAGCUUUUUGUUGUCCAUACUGUAGUUUAGGGUACCCCCCCAAAAUUAUGAUGUUAUUUGGGAAGCUGGACAUGGAGGCCCCCAUCGGGUGCGUUACGCCUAAGGGACGUCACUAGAGCACUGGGGUAUUUGUUCACUCUUCUCAUAAUGGGACAGUAAUUCCAAAUUUCUUCACACCCUUCACCCUGUGGGCAGCCCCUAAAUUUGCUUUCCAAACUGAUGUCACAAACAGGAGACUGCUCCUUUUCCACCAUUCUUGAAAUGUAGUCACUUCUGGUGUAGGAUGUUGUGGAAAGAAAACCACCACAGUAAUUGGCGUUUUUGUUAUCGUUUUGUCUUUGACUGUCCCUGAUUAUUAGAUGGAGAAAUCCUUUUUUUGUUUCUCCCCAUCCACCUCCCACUGCCCAUAUUUUGCUUUGGGGAUAUUUGAUGUAAUGUAACUUGACGGGAGGUGAUGAGGAUCAGUGACAACCAGCAUUAAUAGACAACUGAAACGUUUUGACUGGGAAUGGGUUGAUAAAACUGCUUUGAGAUCCUACACCAUUGUCUUUAAAGGUUAGACUAUGCCAGUGAUUAUUUCCGUUAUGAACAGGAAGUAUUUCUGGCAUGAAACUAAUGAUGAAAGACCUUAAAACGUACUGUUUGUUUUUUAUUUUUAAAAUUCCCUCCAUAUUAAACAUGUCCUAACUGGGAAGUACUCUUUUUAAAAAUUAGAUCCAAGUUCAUGGGAAGGAGAUGAAGGGGUCAUUACCACAAAACAUCUAGGGGAAUUAGUCACUCUGUUAGAGGUAGUAAGCCUUACCCCAAUCCAGCUUCAGAGUUUCUGAAUUGUUUCUCAUAUUAGAUUGUAAGCUCCCUGAGGGCAGCAACCAAGUCAUAUUGCUUUUGUAUUUUCUAAAGUACUGGACACAGUAGAUACUCAAUAAAUACUUGUUAUUUAUUUUUUUCUGUAAAAUUUCUCUGGCUAUUUUUUUAAGUAGCUGGUUUUCAAAAAAUGGUUAAGGGCACUCCUGUGUUGAAACCUGUAUUUGUUCCCUCACUAGUCCCUUGGUCUCCGAUACUUCUCACCUAUUUCCCUUAAACAUUUUAAUUUUUUUAAGAAAGAAUAUUUAACAAGCUUCCUCACCUCCACUGUGAUAACUCUGGGUAUGUGUCUGUGCUUGCGACUGAAAGGCUACUAAUUUUGUGACCUCCCAGUGAUCCAUCCCAGGUCACUUACCUGUUGCUCAGUGUUGUUACUACCUAGGUGGUAAAAUUUUCUUAGUUGUAUUUUUCAAAGCACCUGUAAGAGAAAAAUAGAAAUUAAUAGCAAGAAUGAUCAGGAGGAUUUUCCCCCCUUUUCCUGAGUGAUUAUGCAGCUUCCAAGAUGACUUUUAAUAUAUUUACAUGGAUUGGUACAGUAUAUGCAGUCAUCCACAUAGCUAACUAGUCAUGCAAUCCAUAGCUGUAGUGUAAAUCAUGCUCACAAAUUGAAAUCAUAUGUAGAGUAGAAAGCAGUUGAUAGUUGUAAGUUACAGGAGUGGCUACCCUCAUAUUAGAAACUAGAUCUUAGAGCCAAUUAUUAGCAUAAUGGUUUUCAUCUAAUUUUAAUUCUUUUUUUGCUUUGAUUUGAAUCCAGGGGUACUUGGUUAAACAACACUGUUUUUUGUUUGUUUGUUUUUGCAAAUUAAGUGUUGAAACUUUACUAUAAUGCCAGCCUGGGAAACUUGACUACUGUGUAGCAAAUAAUCUUCUAUUGGCUAGAAUAUUUUUAGGUCUUUGUGUGCACAUGUGUGUAAGGGGAGAGGUUAGGGUUAAAAAUUAGUCCCUUAAAACUCUUUCUUAGUGAUAGAGGAUGUAGAAUUCUUAAUUCUUAAUGACUGCAUCACAAAACAAAGACCUAUGCAACCUAUUGACCCAACCUGGUGAAGAAUUUACCCAUAAAGAAGUCAACUUUUUUUGUGAUCCAAGAAACAGGUUACUUCCCUAAUAGUUAAUCCUUCAAUAUUUCUUUAGGAGUCCACUCUCCCUCUCCCUCAAAUCCAGCAGUCUUCUGAGCAGUCUAGAAUUACUGCUUGGUUAAUAGAGUAUUAACCAAAAAAUAAAUAAGUGAGCAUAAAAGCAUAAACUUGCACUCAUUGGAAGGGAAUAAAGCAAUGCAGAGUAACCUCUUAUUUUGAGCACUCCAUCAUACGAUGAAUGUUUCUUUUGUUUACUAAGUCAUCUUGCCCCACAAUAAUGUCUCGUUUAAACUGAUUUCCCAGAAGCCCGUUCUUCCAAAUAAAACUUUGUGCUAGAUAAUUUAGGUUUGGUACAGAUUUGGUAUUCUCUGUAUAUUAAGGUGAGUGGUGGAGGGUAAUUUUAAUUCUGGUUUCUUGGACUGGGAAUUAGGGGACCAAAAGAAGCAGCAGCAAAAGCAGUGUGUUGGAAUUACCCAGGGAACAGAGAUUGUGGGCAAAGUUGCUGGGGCUAAUAACAUGCCUUGUGGAAGGCUAUGGAAGCCCCCACAGCCUGCUGAGAGAUAGAAACUUAAAGGAAAAAGAGGCUAGACUUGAGCUUAUGCUUUUUCAAAUGAUGGAGGUCACAUGCAACUCAAGUUAAAGGGUUGUAAGGCAGGUAAGGUUGUUUUUAUAGGUGAACUGAGUACAGUAUUUAAAAUUUUUUUUAUUUGGAGUGUAGACUAAUCCCCUUCCUGGAAGACUUGUUUCCAGGCUUCGAUUAUCUUUCCUUAUGUCAAGCGGACUGUAGAUAUUUUUACCUAUGUAGAAGGCUUUUGAUUAACAUUGUUUACUAUCAAGAUAGCAAAAUUUCAUAAAACCUGCUUAUAGGGGACUAGUAACCAAACUGUGCCCAUAACUUAAACACCAUUAUUUAACACAUACUUUAUACAUCUUAUUAUACAAAAUGGAUUAACAUACAUAGUUCCAUAAGGAAUUUGUCAAACUAAAUAUGUCUGAAGAACAGGUGAAUACUCUUGGUUUGUUUCUUUGAAGGAAUGAAAGUGUUCAGUGAAGGUGCUGAUGAAAGAGGUUGAAAACAUAUUUUGCCCACAUUUAACAUCUAAACUUUUUUUUUUAAUCUUUCAGCAUUCUACCUUGUAAAUACUGUUAUUUGUAUAUACUGUAAAUGAUGACAUCGGUGGGCACUAACCGAGCCCGGGGAAACUGGGAACAACCUCAAAACCAAAACCAGACACAGCACAAGCAACGGCCACAGGCCACUGCGGAACAAAUUCGACUUGCACAGAUGAUUUCAGACCAUAAUGACGCUGACUUUGAGGAAAAGGUGAAACAAUUGAUUGAUAUCACAGGCAAGAACCAGGAUGAAUGUGUCAUUGCUUUGCAUGACUGCAAUGGAGAUGUCAAUAGAGCCAUCAAUGUACUGCUGGAAGGAAACCCAGAUACGCAUUCCUGGGAGAUGGUCGGGAAGAAGAAGGGAGUCUCAGGACAGAAGGAUGGUGGCCAAAUGGAAUCCAACGAGGAAGGCAAAGAAAAUCGAGACCGGGACAGGGACUAUAGUCGGAGACGUGGUGGGCCACCAAGACGGGGAAGAGGUGCCAGCCGUGGACGAGAAUUUCGGGGUCAGGAAAAUGGAUUAGAUGGCACCAAGAGUGGAGGGCCUUCUGGAAGAGGCACAGAAAGAGGCAGAAGAGGUCGUGGACGAGGCAGAGGUGGUUCUGGUAGGCGGGGAGGAAGGUUUUCUGCUCAAGGAAUGGGAACCUUUAACCCAGCUGAUUAUGCAGAGCCAACCAAUACUGAUGAUAACUAUGGCAAUAAUAGCAGCAGUACGUGGAACAACACUGGCCACUUCGAGCCAGAUGAUGGGACGAGACUUGAUUUCAUUGGGGUUGAGGGGUCAAAUUAUCCCCGAAAAUUUGAGACUGCUCCUGGUGCAUGGAGGACUGCAACAGAGGAGUGGGGAACUGAAGAUUGGAAUGAAGAUCUUUCUGAGACCAAGAUCUUCACUGCCUCUAAUGUGUCUUCAGUGCCUCUGCCUGCAGAGAAUGUGACAAUCACUGCUGGUCAGAGAAUUGACCUUGCUGUUCUGUUGGGGAAGACACCAUCUUCAAUGGAGAAUGAUUCGUCUAGUCUGGAUCCAUCUCAGGCUCCUUCUCUUGCCCAGCCUCUGGUGUUCAGUAACUCGAAGCAGAGUACCAUAUCACAGCCUGCUUCAGGGAACACAUUUUCUCAUCACAGUAUGGUGAGCAUGUUAGGGAAAGGAUUUGGUGAUGUCAGUGAAGCUAAAGGUGGCAGCACCACAGGCUCUCAGUUCUUGGAGCAAUUCAAGACUGCUCAGGCCCUGGCUCAGUUGGCAGCUCAGCAUUCUCAAUCUGGAACCACCACCACCUCCUCUUGGGACAUGGGCUCUACCACACAAUCCCCAUCGCUGGUGCAGUAUGGUGAGAAAAAUGAUUUGAAGAACCCAAAUGAUUCAACAGUGCACAGCCCCUUUACAAAGCGCCAGGCUUUUACCCCAUCUUCAACCAUGAUGGAGGUGUUUCUUCAGGAGAAGCCACCUGCAGUGGCUACCUCCACAGCUGCACCUCCACCCCCCUCUUCUCCUCUGCCAAGCAAAUCCACCUCGGCUCCACAAAUGUCUCCUGGGUCUUCAGACAACCAGUCCUCCAGCCCUCAGCCGGCUCAGCAAAAACUGAAACAGCAGAAGAAAAAAGCCUCCUUGACUUCUAAGAUUCCUGCUCUGGCUGUGGAGAUGCCUGGCUCAGCAGAUAUCUCAGGGCUAAACCUACAGUUUGGGGCAUUGCAGUUUGGGUCAGAGCCUGUCCUUUCUGAUUAUGAGUCCACUCCCACCACGAGCGCCUCUUCAAGCCAGGCUCCAAAUAGCCUCUAUACCAGCACGGCCAGUGAAUCUUCAUCCACAAUUUCAUCUAACCAGAGUCAGGAAUCCGGUUAUCAGAGUGGCCCAAUUCAGUCGACAACCUAUACCUCCCAAAACAAUGCUCAGGGCCCUCUAUAUGAACAGAGAUCCACACAGACUCGGCGGUACCCCAGUUCCAUCUCUUCAUCGCCCCAAAAGGACCUGACUCAGGCAAAGAAUGGCUUCAGUUCUGUGCAGGCCACGCAGUUACAGACCACGCAAUCUGUUGAAGGUGCUACAGGCUCUGCAGUGAAAUCUGACUCACCUUCCACUUCUAGUAUCCCCCCUCUCAGUGAAACGGUAUCUGCAGCUUCCUUAUUGACAACAAACAAUCAGCACUCAUCCUCCUUGGGUGGCUUGAGCCACAGUGAGGAGAUUCCAAAUACUACUACCACACAACACAGCAGCACGUUAUCUACUCAGCAGAAUACCCUUUCGUCAUCAACAUCUUCUGGGCGCACUUCGACAUCCACUCUUUUGCACACAAGCGUGGAGAGUGAGGCGAAUCUUCAUUCUUCCUCCAGCACUUUCUCCACCACGUCCAGCACAGUCUCUGCACCUCCGCCAGUGGUCAGUGUCUCCUCCAGUCUCAAUAGUGGCAGUAGCCUGGGCCUCAGCCUCGGCAGCAACUCCACUGUCACAGCCUCGACUCGAAGCUCAGUUGCUACAACUUCAGGAAAAGCUCCUCCUAAUCUCCCUCCUGGGGUCCCGCCAUUGUUGCCUAAUCCGUAUAUUAUGGCUCCAGGGCUGUUACAUGCCUACCCGCCACAAGUAUAUGGUUAUGAUGACUUGCAGAUGCUUCAGACAAGAUUUCCAUUGGAUUACUACAGCAUCCCAUUUCCCACACCCACCACGCCGCUGACUGGGAGGGAUGGUAGCCUGGCCAGCAACCCUUAUUCUGGUGACCUCACAAAGUUCGGCCGUGGGGAUGCCUCCUCCCCAGCCCCGGCCACUACCUUGGCCCAACCCCAACAGAACCAGACGCAGACUCACCACACCACGCAGCAGACAUUCCUGAACCCGGCGCUGCCUCCUGGCUACAGUUACACCAGCUUGCCAUACUAUACAGGGGUUCCGGGCCUCCCCAGCACCUUCCAGUAUGGGCCUGCUGUGUUUCCUGUGGCUCCUACCUCUUCCAAGCAGCAUGGUGUGAAUGUCAGUGUGAAUGCAUCGGCCACCCCUUUCCAACAGCCAAGUGGAUAUGGGUCUCAUGGAUACAACACUGGUGUGUCAGUCACCUCCAGUAACACGGGCGUGCCAGAUAUCUCGGGUUCUGUGUACUCCAAAACCCAGCAGUCCUUUGAGAAACAAGGUUUUCAUUCCGGUACUCCUGCUGCCUCCUUCAACUUGCCUUCAGCCCUAGGAAGUGGGGGGCCCAUCAAUCCAGCCACAGCUGCUGCCUACCCACCUGCCCCCUUUAUGCACAUUCUGACCCCCCAUCAGCAGCCGCACUCCCAGAUCCUCCACCAUCACCUGCAGCAGGAUGGCCAGCUACCAUAUUUGCAGAUGAUUCUCUGUUGCCAGCGCCAGCAGGAGGAGCAGACGGGCAGCGGGCAACGUAGCCAGACCAGCUCCAUCCCGCAGAAGCCCCAGACCAACAAGUCUGCCUACAACAGCUACAGCUGGGGGGCCAACUGAGGCCCUGACCCUCUCCUUCCUGGUCCCAUCUUCUGAGAGGGCUUCUCAGCCUGGCAACUAUGGAAACAGCAUCAAAGAGAGAGAGGAAUGUGGGGGAGUUCCGCUGCCCCCCCACCCCCAUUGGCCCACCCCAUGACUCAGCUUCAUGUCUGUCCAUUCCCAUACCAUCCCCACUCUGUUGUAUGUAUUAUAGGAUUUGUAUUUUCUUUUUUUUUUUUUUCCUUUCCUUUCCUCCUUCCCCCUUGCAUUCAAGAUUAUGAAACUUUGCUGUGGGCCCUGCCCUUCCUUCUCCUCCUGUUCACCCUGGUGGUGUAUGGGUGAGGUGGGGUGGGGGGACCCCCAAAUAUAUAUCAGCCCAACAGCCCUAUGUCUCCUCCUUUAUUAUUAGGAAGCAAAACAACAACAAAAAAUGGCGUCAUGAAUAUGAACAGCAUUGUCAGAUGGAUUAGUUGAAGUGUUUUUUGUUUUUUGGUUUUUUUUUGUACUGUGUCCUCAAAUUUAAUGGAUUAAUGUGUCUUGUAUAUAUAAAAAGAAAACCUCUACCUUCA